AUGCUUCUCCUGGUUUUGUCGUGCUCUCUAUCCCUCCUGCAACAGCCUCGCCCGCCGCUCGGGCUCGGCCUCCGCCCGGCGCUGCUCUGCGGCCGCCGAGUUGCGAUCGUGAUGGCUGCAGACGAGGCGGCGGCGCAGCGGGCGGAGCAGGCGGACAGGGCAGCAGCAGCGCUGGCACAGUUGCCACCUGGCCUGUACAACCGCGUGAGCUUUCAGAGCGGCGGCAUGAAGCAGGCCUACGCGGAGGAGGAAUGCCUCGCGUGCUACCCAACCGAGGCGGACGCGCUCGCGGCAGUCGACAAGAACUCGAUGACCGUCAAUCCGUCGAUGAACUCGCCCUCCAAGAUCACCGAGACGCACGCGCUUCUG